UGUGCUAUUUGGGCUAUUAUUGGAUGCCAAAUGAGGCGUGUUUAAGUUGGAGCCCUCUAGGUGUGCGAUUCACCAUAUAUUCUUAUUCUUUUCCACUCUCUGACUUCAACAUAGGCUGCUGACAUGCAACAGCACUUGCAAAGUAUGAAUGCCACUUUUGCAGGAACCUGGUUGCAGUUCUGACUUUUGGGCAGAACCGGGUUGCAGUUCUGACUUGUGGGCAUAUGGGAGACUGGCCGUGUUUUCUCCUGUGAAAGGAAAGUGGCAUCCUUGAUUUGAUAGAAAGCUGGAGCCAGGUAACACAAUUUGGAUGUGGAUCAUUCCAGAUGCUGCAUGUUAUGCCAUCAAUCUAUCAAAGCAUCCGAGGUGCAUAUGUUCUGUUUUGUACGUGGCCCUUGGGCUGCUAUAACUAUAAAUAGAGCACUAGAUCCACCAGGUUCAACACCAUUUAUCGGAACUCGGAAGCCUUCCAGUGUUCAUUGUUGUGACUUGUGAGAUGUUCAAGCCAAAGUUUAACCGUUAAAAUAUUUAUGCUGAGCUGUCUGGAUUCAGAACCAAGAGAAUGUUGACAAGGGUUCAGCAUAGGUGUUAAAUUUCCUACCAUGUCCGCUUUCAGUUUGCUCUCUAAUCGGUGUGGUUUCAUUUAGCAAUUGUGUCUGCUUUUGAUCGUAGAGGAUGGAGGCUAUGGUUAUAGGUCCUAAGUACGAGUGCUUGUUGUUUGACAUGGAUGAUACUCUGUAUCCCCUUAGUGCUGGCAUCAACCUUGCUUGCCGCAAAAAUAUACAAGAUUACAUGCGUGAUCAUCUGCAAAUUGAAGAAAGCCAAAUUGCAGAAAUGUGCCUGGGUCUGUACAGGGAAUAUGGCACCACAAUGGCUGGUCUAAAGGCGUUAGGUUAUGAGUUUGACAACGAUGAAUUUCAUGCAAAUGUUCAUGGUACACUGCCAUAUGACAAUUUGAGGCCUGACCCUGUUUUGAGGACUCUUCUACUUUCAAUUCCACAGAGAAAAAUAAUAUUCACAAACUCGGACAAGGUUCAUGCAGAGGAGAUUCUGUGCAGGCUGGGAUUGGAGGACUGCUUCGAGGGUGUGAUAUGCUUUGAGACAUUGAAUCCACCAGCUGCGCCGAGCAAUGGCCUAAGCAAGUCCCAGGAUUGUAUGUUGUUCUCUGGUGAACCAUCUUCUGACUUGAACGAUCUCAAUAGAUCGGAUCUCAGACCUAAAUCGCCCAUCCUCUGCAAACCCACCAUUGAAUCAAUGGAGGCUGCAAUUCGGAUCACAAAUGUCGAUCCCAAGAAGACGAUCUUCUUCGAUGACAGCAUACGGAACAUUGCUUCAGGAAAGGCUGCAGGCUUCCACACCGUGAUUGUUGGGAGGUCUUCGGUCGUUCGAGGGGCUGAUCACGCACUGGAGAGCAUCCACAACAUCAAGGAAGCGUUGCCUGAGUUAUGGGAAGGCCAUGAUCGGUCAGAAUCGGAUGCUGUUCUUGCUUCUGCUGCAGUUGAAACAGCAGUUGUUGCUUGAUGUCGUGUGUCCCAAUGGAUUGGCUAGAGUAUGCUACUGCUAUAGGUUGAAUACAUGCAGGAGUAUGAAGAGAAGAUGUGCCGUAUCAUAACAUGUAAACACAGUUCCACUGCACUAUAUCAGUGAGAAGCAAGUGUGGUGGAGAACUAGCAUAUGCUGUAGGUGCCUGUUUGUAUUUUCGUGUAACUAAACUAUAGUUACCACGUUUGGACCUAUGUACGGAUAAAGAGAGAACUCCUCCAGAUAUCAGAUUUAAGAGAUCUCUAGGUUAACAAUAAUUUAUGCUCUAUUGCUACUGGAAUA